UUUUUAAUUAAGGCUCCGUAGUGUAACUCGUCAAUGUACAUUAUUGGAAGAAUGAACGUCAAUGCCGUUGCUUUUUCUCGCCCUCCUUUAUCUCUGUCAAUGAUUCCCAGACAUGAUUUAUGGUUCGUCUCCGUCUUUCAGUAUCAUCCAUCAAGUGCCGCCUCUGCCGCAGCGCCACCCGUUGUAAAUCAUUCUGAAAGCCUGUCACUCAUUUCCAUUAACCGUUCCUCUGUCGCACUGGUCGGCACACCCCUUCGCCCCCCGACCCCCCGUUACCACCCUCAUCCCUCCGUCCCCUCCCUCAGUGCACAACCUACAGCCGUGCAAGGUAUCAGUUCCGUGCCGCUGCUUCGUCCGCCUACCUUCUUUUCAAUAAAUUAACGACUCUCCUCUGCUCUCGUGCCGUGAACAAAGAAGAAAAGUCGACGACCUACUCCUCCUCUCUUACCUAGCAAAUGUCACGCAGGAAAAAUAUUGUUGUGCCACUGACUUUUCCUUUGGCAAUAUUUGAAGGGCUGUGACAUGUUUACAAGGCCGCAUUAGUGAGCAAGCAACAUACAGGAUGGUUGUUUUUUACGUCCACAAAUGAUUAAUUUAAGUCUGUAAUACCAAUUCAGAGAUUUAUUUCUGCAAUUAUCUUAAAAAACAUCUAAAAACUGACUAAUUUCUGAAGAUAUGGCAAUUUUUGGGGGAGCGACAGAGACACUUUGGUAAAAGUCCUCUCCCCCACUGUAGUUUUUCAGAACAUAUUCAUAUUAGUGUUUCAGUGCAUUUUGGAGUUACUUUUUUAUUAUGAAUUAUUACUUAAAUGUUAGCUUGCAAGCUUGCUAGCUGAAAGCUACACCUUUUUUUUUUUUUUUUUUUUUCCAGAGUGGAGUGGAUUUAGUGAAAAUAUAUUUCAGCCACAUGACAUUUUGAGGCGAUUUUAAGAACUUGAUGUGUAUUACAUUUCUAUUAAGAGGGAAGACAAAAGUAGCAUCCAUUUAUCAACAUGGUGUGGGUUCAGUCUUCCUACGUUCUAGACUUGCACCAAAAGCUUUUUACAGCUACAUGUAUACCCGUAUGUUGUCCGCACAUAAUGCAUUUCGUAUCAGGUGUAUCCAAUGAUGAUGCACACUUACUUUCUCACAUCUUGUCAUGAUGUGUAUCAAGGUUAAACCAGCUCAAAAUGUGAUCAAAGCCUUGACAUUUUAACUCAGAAUAAUUCAUAGUUUAAUGGAUGUCAAAUUUUGACCUGCAUUAAGCCAUCCGAUUCGGUUAAAUGAAAAUGUCAUCAUGAUUCAAGGUUGUUAGCACUUUGCUGCUAAAAACAAAGUUACAAGUUCUCUUUCCUGUCUCUCUUCUCUUCAAACUAUGUGGAGGAGAAUUUAGACCUUGUGACUUUAUUUUUAUCUGAGUGUCCUAUUGGUCUGAAGAGUUUUAAUGUAUCACAUGGGAGUAUGAUAUACUCCAAUUGUGAUUAUUCAUUGUAUUUCGUUUAUUAGGUGAAAGAAGCGAGCACGAAAGUGUUAUCAGAGGACAGAGAGGAAAAUAGAAAAGGUGAGAGACACAGAAGAAUAACAACAACAACAAGAAUUGCAUUCAAUGCUUAACACCAUUUACCAUUUAAACUAACUAUGACUAUAGUAGUGUUAUCAUUAGCUAAUUGUAUUUCCUGUUGACACCAUUUUGGAGGCCUGAUGAUGGGGUGUCUGAGAAGUGAUUAGGUGGGGUGGAGUGUACACAAAUCAACGUUAUGAGGUGUAGAACCCAGUCUUAUGUCAAUCACUUUUAAGUGCGGAUAUGUUGACACCCUAUUCCAUGCUGCCUGAUCGCUAAUCCUGGCACCGACAGUUUCUCUACUUGAGUGUGUCUAAUUGCAUUCCGUCAUGCAUGAAUUAUAUCAGACUUGUGAUAGUGCUGCAGACAAGUGGAAAUGCUGUGCGGCGGCCGCCCCCCAGCCAAGUAGAGGGGUGAGCCAGCGCAGCCCGUCCCUCCGCCUGCGGCUCCAGCAAGGUGGCUGCCGUCAUCUCCCCGGGACCCAGUGUACAUGCCUGAUGAUGAAGACGUUGAACUUCAUGACUCCAUCAUCGAGGAAGAUGGUGACAACGACACACUGACGGAAGAGGAAUUCUCAGAGAAGGCGAGCCCCAAAGUGUCUGAGGACCGCGAGCUGGACAUCAAGAGCACCAACAGUUACAGCAACCAGAACUCUCCCGCGAGCUUCCUAUCGAACCAAGAGGCAGAGCUCGAGUCGCACCUCAGCGACACCUGUGACAGACUUUCCGACUUUAAGACCUCCUCGCCGAGUGACAUUCAGCCGGAGGAUGAUAGCUCUAAACGUAAAGAGGAGACAGGUAACAGCUUGCAGAAAAUGAGGGCGGCCUAUGCAAACUUUCUUUCAGAUUCCUACUGGACAGGGGUGGGAAUGGAACUAAAAUUAGGCAAACACACCAGCAAAGCCAACUGUGACAGUACCAACGGAAGCGCUAAGAAUGAGUUCGACUGGCACCAGGAUGCUCUGUCAAAGACACUGCAGCAGACGACUUCCCAGAAGCCAACGUCCAAACCUAACCUUUUUAGUUCUGUCCACCUGUACCGGCAAAGCAGCAAACCUUGUGGUUCAGUAUUCACAGGUGCCAGCCGCUUUCGCUGUAAAGACUGCAGUGCUGCAUAUGACACCCUUGUGGAGCUGACUGUCCACAUGAACAAGAGUGGCCACUACCAAGACAACAACCUCAGCAAACAGAGUAAUUCCGCAGCCUCAUCCUCUAAAUCAAAGAAACGCAGUUUGCAGGAUCUGGAAGGAAAGGAGGACGCACAGAAAGUUUUGAAGUGCAUGUUCUGUGGUCAUUCUUUCGACUCACUUCAAGAUUUGAGCGUCCAUAUGAUCAAAACAAAGCAUUACCAAAAAGUGCCUUUAAAGGAGCCUAUACCAGUGAUCACACCCAAACUACUGCCACCAGCAAAGAAGCGCGCCUUUGAAACUGCCAGGCCAUGCUCCCCUGACUCUACUACUGGUGCAUCCGGGUUCAGCGACACCCAACGCGCUGGUGCAGCUUGUAAUGCUAAUAAUAAUCGCUAUGGCUAUCAGAAUGGUGCUAGUUAUACAUGGCAGUUUGAGACAUGCAAGUCACAGAUUUUGAAGUGCAUGGAGUGCGGAAGCUCCCAUGACACCCUGCAGCAACUCACCACGCAUAUGAUGGUGACCGGGCAUUUCAUCAAGGUUACCAAUUCUGCUUCCAAGAAGGGUAAACAGCUCGCACUCGACCCUCUGGCUGUGGAGAAGAUCCAGGGGUUAACUGAGCCCACUGCAAGUGAGCAAGAUGCAGAAAAGUUGUCUCCUAAGAAUGUUUCUCCUGUAAGCAGUGAAAGGGACAGCCAAGGGGAAGUUGCAUCAGAAAAAAUGGAAGAAACUGAAGCAAAAGAUGACAAGCAAGAGAGUGAAGAUCAAAAGCCCGGAAAUGGGGAAUUGAAGUACCCCUAUCUCAGGGAGGAAGAUCUAGAGCAGGACUCUGGUGGAGGGGGGGACAUUCUUAAAUCUUUAGCCAACACAGUGGCCUCUGCCAUCAAUAAAGCUCAAACAGGGACGCCAAGUUGGAGUGCCUACCCAAGUAUUCAUGCGGCCUAUCAGAUCUCUGGCAUUAUCAAAAGCACCCCUGUCACCGCUGUGUCACCCCCCACUCAGCUAAAGCAGACAUUCAACCAAAAGCUUAGGACGCUUGCCCCAAAGGGGAAGUGCCAUGGUGCCACGGGCAUUGAAAGUCCCGAGGGCUCUCAUAAAAACUUAGACAUCAAACAAGAAACGGUUGUGAUCAGUGAUGGGAAAGAAAGUCAAAGCUUAAAGCUUGAUCUGAUGGAGACAGAUGACAGCGAUUGUCAGGAUGAUUCCUCUUUCUCUUCAAAGCCCGAUGCAGACUGUGGGAAUGAUGGGAGUGAGCCGAUCAAAGGGAAGCUGAGCCCCAAUUUUUCUGACAGGGGCAAAACUCCGAGCCCUUCUGCCAUUGCUACAGAGCCUCUCAAAGACACUCUGGAUCUCCUUGCUGUAAACCCUCUAAGUGCUCUGCAGUCUGUUCUAAACAAUCAUUUGGGGAAAGCUAAUAAGACUGAUAACUUGCGAGCAGAUAAACUAUCUUCUCAUAUCCGGUCUAUUUUCGCUAACACUAACAAUUGCAGUGACAAGCCUUCGCUAGUACUCGGUAAUCCAGUAAGGAAUAAGAUUAAAGAGACUUUUCGUUUUGCACCUGAUGACCAACCAAUAGACCUGACUAAAGCGAAAAAUGUCAAGCCGAAGUCUUUGCUGCUGCAAUCAUCCACCCCGACGCCACAGAAGUAUGCGCUGUCUGACAUCGCUGACAUGGUCAAAGUUCUUCCCAAAGCCACCACGCCAAAACCCCCCUUGGCACCAAGGCUCCCAGCCAUGAAACUGGAAUCCGACGUCAGACGCUUUGAGGACGUGUCUGCCGAAGUCUACUCAGUACACAAGCGCAAAGGCCGCCAGUCCAAUUGGAAUCCUCGCCAUCUUCUCAUCCUUCAAGCUCAGUUUGCCUCUAGCCUCUUCCUCACCUCUGAGGGAAAGUAUCUUCUGUCUGACCUCGGCCCCCAGGAGCGAAUGCACAUCUCUAAAUUCACGGGACUCUCCAUGACUACCAUUAGCCAUUGGUUAGCAAAUGUCAAGUACCAGUUACGGAAAACGGGAGGCACCAAAUUCCUAAAGAACAUGGACACAGGCCACCCAGUCUUCUACUGCAAUGAUUGUGCUUCCCAGUUCAGGUCUCCAACCACCUUCAUUUCCCAUCUGGAGUCCCAUCUGGGCUUCCAAAUCAAAGACAUGUGUAAAAUGCCUGUGGAGCAUCAGAUUAAGGUGGACGAGGCAGAGCUUCCGAAGGUCCUUGGAGUCCGAGCCUCAGAGACUAUGGUCCCAGAGGAGGACAUUGACUCUAAGUUUAAAUGUAAACUGUGUUGUCGGACAUUUGCCAGUAAUCACGCCGUCAAACUCCAUUUGAGUAAAACUCACAGCAAAUCCCCUGACAACCAUUCACAGUAUGUGGAGAUGGACAAGGAAUAGUUUUUCAUAUGAUAAAUACAGUUCUGUUUUAACACACGGGUCGAACAUUUCAACUAUUUUUCCCAGUUAGCGUUGCGUAGUACUGUAUAUUUGAUGAAGUGGCUGCAGAGACACACUGGUUAGAAAACAUUAGGAGACACUACGACAAAUGUUUGCACCCUGCUCCGAUGCAUAACCAGUAAUGAAUUCUAUUACUGCUUGAAGAAACAUAAAUGCUGAUGUUUGCAUGCGUAGCCACGGCUUUGACUACUAUUUAUUAUUUGUAUGAUACGUCAAGUUUCAAUUGUAUUUUAAAGGCAACAUGAUUAAAAGAUGAAAAUUGUACUUUGCAGCUUUUGAAUACAGAACACCUGAAUACAUGCGCAGCAGGUAGUUCUGUGCAGAUCUGUACAGUCUAUUUCUAUGUAAACAUGUUUUGUGUCGCCAACAUAGAAGAGGGAAAGCAAGUGGGGGAAAGCACUUUAAAGUUUAAUCAUCAAUCUGGAUUCUGUACAAGUCUCAAAAUUCAAGCAUUUCAAAAGCAAAACUUUCACGUGUAAAUUAUGUUUUAAAUAAAAAAGAAACACAUGCAAUGAGGACAAGCUGCAACACAAAUUAUAUCUGUGAUCCCUGCACCUUUUUUACAUAUUCAAUAAAGAGUUAACAUUUGAUAACAGCUUGAAUUGUUUUUUUUGUUUUGUUUUGUUUUUUAAAUCAUUGAACAAUAUAGAGUCAUGGGGUAAAGUAUCAAAACUAUUGUUGUUUCUUCAGUUUCUUAUCCAUUUUAAAUUCACUAAAGGAAUAUGGAUGAAUUUACGUAAUGAUUUGUUCAGCAUCAGACACAUACAGUAUAAGUUUAAUAAACCAAAAUAGCUCAACAGAAUUUAAGAACUGAUAUCAAGCCAUUUUCUAUGGAUUUCAUGACAGCAAAAUCACUGUUCUUUUUCAAGUCUUCCAUUAAUAGGUUUGUACAACCAAAAACAGUGUUUUUCGGCUUGUCGUUUUCUGUCUUUUAGUCAAUUAAUGCAGAAUACCUUUACUGGUACCAGGCAUUACAAUUAAAAAAGAAUUAAAUAAAAGCAAGGUAGUCUUAUUUUUUUUCCCAUGACUGUACUGUAUGUUAAUACA